AUGGAGGCAGCAAUGGAUCAAAUCCGCGGCUUUUACACCAAAGCUGACCUUCAAAGGGAUCUGUUCACUGAUUGGGAGAUUUUGUUCAGCCUAGGAACAGGGUCUCUCCAAUGGUCCCUCAUUCAAAUCGGUCUCGACCUCUCUAUUUUUACCACUCUUUCGUCAUCAUCAAACCUAGUGACCCAUGAAGAACUCGUCGAGAAAACCGCAGCGGCACCAAAUUUUCUCACUCAUCUGCUCCGCGACAUGGCUUCUUUUGGCUUAAUUGAAGAAGUCAGCAAAGAUGUGUUCAGGGCGAGUCGGACCACACGCGUUUUUGCAGACCCGAAUGUCGUUGGUGCCGAGCCACAUAUAUCAGGAAUUCAUCUUCCGGUUGCUCAUGCCUUACCAAAAUACCUACGCGAGCACAAGUACCAAGACAUGACGGAUCCCAAGGACCUGCCCUUCCAACAGGCACUCAAGACAGAUCUCACGCCAUUUGAGUGGCUGAAGCGACACCCAGAACAGAUGAAAUCGCUUGGCCACAUCAUGGUUCUGGAUGCAGUAAAAAGCUGGGUAAUUUCCUACCCCGUUGAACGGGAGGUCGGAAGCUUCAAAGCAGCGAAUGACUCUGCGCUACUUGUUGACAUCGGCGGCGGUUUUGGACAGCACUCCGUGGCAUUCCAGAAGAACUUUCCCCUCAUGACAGGCCGUAUUGUCGUCCAAGAUAUACCCUCAACGCUUGCACAUGCCCCAAAAAUCGACGGCAUCGAGUUCCACGCGUACGACUUCUUCACCCCUCAACCGAUCCAGGGCGCAAAAUUCUACUACCUGCGCCACAUCUUGCACGAUUGGACAGACGAAGACUGCAUCCGCAUUCUUUCGAACAUAAUCCCCGCUCUAGGUGCUGAUUCACGUAUCUUGAUUGAUGAAGUCGUGUUGCCUAACACGAAGGUGCCGUGGCAGGUGGCCCUCAUGGAUAUCGCGAUGAUGGCGUGCUUGGGUGGGAUUGAACGAUGUAAAGAGGAUUGGGAAAACCUCUUGGGAAGAGCAGGGCUCAAGGUGGUUGAUGUGCAUAGAUAUGAUGAUGAAAGAUUUCAUUCUAUCAUUGCGGCGGUGCCAAAAUAG